AAACUUACCAACCACCAGGGAUGACCAUGAGUUUGCCACCUAAAGAAGUAGAGUACUUAGCUAAUGAGUUAUUCGAAAACUCCAAACCAGUAACCUACCACAAAUUCUCGCGUCAAGUGAACAUACCAAUGGAAAAAGCCAAGACGUGGUUAUUUGAAUAUUAUGAGAAGAACAAAGACAAAUUGGCAGCAACAUUCUUGAUCUCAGGUGCCACUACAACCGGUCGAUCAAUCAGAUUAUCCAAGGAUGAAUCUAAUUUGGACGAUGAUGUCAAGAAAUUCACUUCAAUUCUGACCAUACAUGUAUAUAGUGUCUCCCAACGGAAACUCAAUUUCUCCAAUAGCGAUCUUGCCCUUGAAGAGUCAAGGUUUCCAAGUCAUAUAUCCAAUCUUGAACAGUAUGAAAAGAAUGGAAUAAUCAAAGGUCCUAAGAUUGUUGUCAGCGCAAACUUACCUGCUGUUGCCGGCAAACCUCCUGUGCCAGCUCCAGCUGCUAAGAAAACAACCUCAGAAGACAAGCCAAAACCAGCAGUAAGAAGUGCGACUAUCUCAUCUUCAUACGUAUCAAGAAAACAACAACAUACAGAACAAAAGAACACCAUUCUGUCUCAUUAUACCUCCCGUAAGAAGGAAAAGGAAAUUCCCCAAAAGCGAGCAGCAACUGAACCAAGCUCUUAUCUAUACAAGUCUAGAAAACUAGACUCUAAAGCACCAAGGGAAAGAGUUAUAAUCGCCGACGAUAAUAACGAUGAUUUCGAAGAAGACACUCAACCUACAAGUCGCGGUAAGACCCCUACUAUUGAACUUGAAAAACUAUUUGAAGAUGAAUUUAGUGAUUCUGAUGAUGCCAAGGAGGAAGUCGAAAAGGAUGAGCCUAUAUUGAUAUCAGAACAGCCACAAAAGGUGUCCCCACCUCCAGAAGAGAAGCAAGCUGAGCCAGAACCUAUUGAAGUAGAAGAUAUUGAAGCUAGUCCUACUCCCGAAACUCAAGAAAUCGAAGAACCAAUGGAAGAAAAUGCAAUUGAAAAGAAAGUAGAUGAUGAUGGGUAUAUUACUACUACUAGAAAGGCAAGACCUAUAACUAAACCAUCUAAACCAGCUAAACCAGCACCUCGCACAGCUGCAAGAAAGGGUCCAGUUGCCAAACCAACUGGAAAGAAAGGCGGAGAUGGUAAGAAGGUUCAAGCAUCCCUUAUGAGUUUCUUCCAGAAGAAGUAAAUACAAACCAGAGGUUUCCUUGUGUAGUUGUGUAUACUAAAAGAAAGAUCUAAUAUAUUUUUGCAAUUUGUACACAAAUUGGUUGCAUGCACGACAUGCAAGAUGAUGAAAAAUUUGCAAUCGGAUUGCAAUGACCACGAAUACUAUGACGUACUUGUGCUUUUGUUUUACUGUUUAAUAUAGAUCAAACGUUUAAAAGCAGGUACUCAACUUCUUUGAUGUAUCAUAAAUAUAUAAAAGAUAGAAACACUUCUAGAUCAAUCAUCCCAUGCUCUAACAUUCAAGUUAAAUUUACACUCUAAACCAUGUCAUCUAAUACCUAUUCCCGAAUCAGAUGAAACAUAUUCAUAACUGGUUCCCUAACUGGAAUCAGAUUUUGAAUUGACAGGGAUGAUUAUGAAUGUUUCACAUUGUUUAAAUCACAAUUAGAUUUCCCAAAUCAGAUAAUGAUUGUUUCUUCACAUGAAACUUGGCUCUAUACUAAACUGUAACAGAGUACAACCAAGAGAAUUACAUCACCGAGUUAUAGUCAGUUCCUUUGAACUAGACGCAGAUCCAUAGGAACCUGUCACAAAGAAACCUCACCAAGUGUUGUCUUCAUACCUGAGGCGUAUAAAACGUAAACAAUGCAUGAGAUUUUUAAAAAAAUACCUUGUAAAAUAUUUU